CAACGGACAAUUUUCGUGGAACAGGUUGAGUAGCUAAAAGCGGGUAAAGGCACGUAAUGUGAUACACGUGUCAAAUUAUAAUUGGAAGAAUCGGUAUUGUUUAAUCGUUUUAGUCGGUCUACAACUCUUUAAAUAGCCCCUAUUUCAUCAAGAUCUAUCUCAUCUUUUGUUCUUUAACAAUCUUCUCAAAUCUAAUCUUUGAUCAGCUCUUCAAUUCUCUCAAGAUGCAAAUCUUCGUGAAAACCCUUACCGGUAAGACAAUCACUCUCGAAGUCGAGAGUUCCGACACCAUAGACAACGUCAAAACCAAGAUCCAAGACAAAGAAGGAAUUCCACCAGAUCAGCAACGUUUGAUCUUUGCUGGAAAGCAACUAGAAGAUGGCCGUACUCUUGCCGACUACAACAUCCAAAAAGAGUCAACUCUCCACCUAGUGCUCCGUUUAAGAGGUGGUAUGCAAAUAUUUGUCAAAACUCUCACCGGAAAGACAAUUACCUUGGAGGUCGAGAGUUCUGACACCAUUGACAACGUUAAAACUAAGAUCCAAGACAAGGAAGGGAUCCCCCCAGACCAACAACGAUUGAUCUUUGCUGGGAAACAACUCGAAGAUGGCCGUACUCUUGCAGAUUACAAUAUCCAGAAGGAAUCAACCCUUCAUUUAGUUCUCCGACUAAGAGGUGGUAUGCAAAUAUUUGUCAAAACUCUCACCGGAAAGACUAUAACCUUGGAGGUUGAGAGCUCUGACACCAUUGAUAAUGUUAAGACUAAGAUCCAGGACAAGGAAGGAAUCCCCCCAGACCAACAAAGGUUGAUUUUUGCUGGAAAGCAGCUGGAGGAUGGUCGUACUCUUGCCGAUUACAACAUCCAGAAGGAAUCCACUCUUCAUUUGGUUCUCCGUUUAAGAGGAGGAAUGCAAAUUUUCGUUAAAACUCUCACCGGUAAGACCAUCACCUUGGAGGUUGAGAGUUCUGACACCAUUGACAAUGUUAAGACUAAGAUCCAAGAUAAGGAAGGAAUUCCCCCAGAUCAGCAAAGGUUGAUCUUUGCUGGUAAACAGCUGGAAGAUGGUCGUACUUUGGCUGACUACAACAUCCAAAAGGAGAGUACUCUUCAUUUGGUUCUCCGUCUGCGUGGUGGUAUGCAAAUCUUUGUCAAGACUCUAACUGGAAAGACUAUCACCUUGGAGGUUGAGAGCUCAGACACCAUUGAUAAUGUCAAGACCAAGAUUCAGGACAAGGAGGGAAUCCCCCCAGAUCAGCAGAGAUUGAUCUUUGCAGGAAAACAGCUUGAAGAUGGGCGUACCCUUGCAGAUUACAACAUCCAGAAGGAGUCCACCCUUCACUUGGUUCUUCGCUUGCGUGGUGGUAUGCAGAUAUUUGUCAAGACUCUCACAGGAAAGACCAUCACCUUGGAGGUUGAGAGCUCCGACACCAUUGACAAUGUCAAGACGAAAAUCCAAGACAAGGAAGGGAUCCCCCCAGACCAGCAGAGGUUAAUUUUCGCUGGUAAGCAGCUGGAAGAUGGUCGUACUUUGGCUGAUUACAAUAUCCAGAAGGAGUCUACCCUUCACCUUGUCCUUCGUCUUCGUGGUGGAUUCUAAGCUCUCAUGGUGAUUAGUGUCACUCUGUGCGUGAACUCUCUAUCUUAACGAAAAUUUAUAUUUUUUUACUAUGUGGGAUUUUCUCUAUUAUGCCGUUGUCAUUUCCCAUUUCUCGUCAUUAACUAUUGGUUAGAUGCAUGUUUGAUAUUUACCAAUCAGUAAAAUAAAAGUUCGUUUGUGCACCUGAA